AUGGCAGAAGUGAAGCUGGAGCAGACGGAGCCGUGUGUGGAGUCAACACACCUGAAAAAUGAGCCAGAGCUGUGUGUCAAAGAAGAGCCAGAGGAGUUUCCUUUUCACAUAAUCACUGUGAAAACUGAAGAUUCUGAAGAUGAGUCCUCUGUGCUUCAACAAAGACCAACUGAAGAUAGUGAGAAGCACUCUGACAGCUCUGAAGACACAGACCACUCACAAGACUAUAAUCCAGAACAGGCUCCAGCAAAAAGAAGCUAUGCCAUGAUUUCUGCUGACCCAUGCAUCACAGACCACAGACCCUUCAGCUGCUCAGACUGUGGGAAGGGUUUUAAGAGGAAACAAGAUCUGAAAAGACACUUGGCAGAGGAUGUUCGACUGCUCAGUUUGUGA